CAUCAAAUCUACAUCAUACAUCACAACACAAAGUUGGCGAGCGUAGCAACGAAAUAAACAGUUGUUUAAUUUAUUAUAUUUAUGACAACUUUUUUAUCACCCAGCUUGUACCAUCAAACCUUAACUAACUGAACCUGAAUACUGCGUUAGGAUGAGAGAAAUCGUGCAUAUGCAAGCUGGCCAAUGCGGAAAUAACAUUGGAGCUAAGUUCUGGGAGGUAAUUUCCGACGAGCACGGUAUUGACCCCACCGGAACUUACCAUGGCGAUUCCGAUCUCCAAUUGGAGCGCAUUAACGUCUACUUUAACGAAGCGACCGGAGGCAAAUAUGUCCCUCGCGCGGUUUUGGUCGACUUAGAACCCGGAACGAUGGAUUCGGUGCGAUCCGGUCCAUUCGGCCAAAUUUUUAGGCCGGACAAUUUCGUUUUUGGGCAAAGCGGCGCCGGAAAUAACUGGGCGAAAGGACAUUAUACGGAAGGCGCCGAAUUGGUCGAUUCUGUUUUGGACGUUGUAAGGAAGGAAGCUGAGGGAUGCGAUUGCAUGCAAGGUUUUCAAUUAACGCACAGUUUAGGUGGUGGAACUGGUUCUGGUUUGGGAACGCUGUUAAUUUCGAAAAUUCGCGAAGAAUAUCCGGAUAGAAUUAUGGCCACUUUUUCGAUUGUGCCAUCGCCGAAGGUAUCGGAUGUCGUGGUUGAGCCUUAUAACGCUACGUUAUCCGUACAUCAACUGGUCGAAAACACGGAUGAGUCUUUUUGUAUCGAUAAUGAGGCUUUGUAUGACAUCUGUUUCCGUACUUUAAAAUUGACGACUCCUACGUACGGGGAUUUGAAUCAUUUGGUGUCGGCUACCUUGUCGGGGGUGACUACGUGCUUGAGAUUUCCGGGGCAAUUGAACUCCGAUUUAAGAAAACUAGCCGUCAAUAUGAUCCCGUUUCCUCGCCUUCACUUCUUCAUCCCUGGAUUUGCUCCAUUAACAUCGCGAGGAAGCCAACAAUAUCGCGCGUUAACCGUCCCUGAGUUAGUACUCCAAAUGUUUGAUGCCAAAAAUAUGAUGGCUGCGUGCGAUCCUCGUCAUGGACGAUACCUAACUGUUGCUGCCAUUUUUCGGGGGAGAAUGUCCACGAAGGAAGUUGACGAGCAGAUGCUUAACAUCCAAAAUAAAAAUAGCUCCUAUUUCGUGGAGUGGAUCCCCAAUAACGUUAAAACGGCAGUUUGCGAUAUCCCCCCAAGAGGGUUAAAGAUGUCUUCGACUUUCAUUGGGAACUCGACUUGUAUCCAAGAAUUAUUUAAACGCGUCUCAGAGCAAUUUACGGCUAUGUUUCGGAGGAAGGCUUUCCUUCAUUGGUACACAGGCGAAGGAAUGGACGAAAUGGAAUUUACAGAGGCUGAAUCGAACAUGAACGAUUUAGUAUCUGAGUAUCAACAGUACCAAGACGCAACCGCCGAAGAAGAAGGGGAGGUUGACGAAGAGGAAGAAGGAGAGGAAGGAUAAGAUUAUGUUUCGAUCGAAGUUUAAUCGCAAAAUCACCCGUUUAAAUCAACUAUUUUUAGAGUGUACUAUGUUAUAUUAUUUUUCUUAUUUAAUCCUAACUUAUAUAUUUAUACAAUAUUGUUUAGUAACAAAUAGUGAGUUUUAAAUAAAUUUUUAAUAGUAAAUCCAUUA